AUGGAGGACCCACAGGUUGCGGUCGAGACGCCCCCAGUCACUUUUAAAAAGAGAAAUCCCAAAACCAAGUCCACGAUUCGAAAGCGAGCCGCCACCCCUCCGCCAGAUGAUGACUCGGAUUCGGGCUUUUCAUCUUUCGAAGACGAAGAGGGAAGACAAAUCAAGCGGAGGCGCAAGAAUGCCGGUGUUACCGCAUCUUCAAAGGCCAAUCCCCAACCUCGUCAGAAGCCAGACGAAGAAACGUCGACCACUCCCGUGAUCGCUGCAACGAACAGGGACGACGCUACUAAAGCGUCGAACUGGUAUGAUGAAGAUGGCGACAAAAAGUCUGGGGAACCUUCAAAGAGGACAGACAUAACAACUUUGGAUGGAACGUAUAAAGGCGUGGCAAACUAUCAGUCAUUCAUACAGAAGAAUCCAGACCGUGCUCCGAAACAGGUUGGACCCGUAAAAUCUUCGACCAAUGUGAGGACAAUCACUGUCACCGAUUUCGCUCCCGAUGUGUGUAAGGAUUACAAGCAAACCGGAUUCUGUGGAUUCGGAGAUAAUUGUAAAUUUCUGCACGCACGCGAGGACUAUAAACAAGGAUGGCAGCUCGAUCGAGAGUGGGAGAUCAGUACGAAAGGCAAGAAUCCGGGCGCCAAAACGGUGGCAUCUGCGAACCGCAACGCUCAAUCAACAGGAGAAGAUGAAGAUGACGAAAAGUUGCUUGAGAGCAUACCGUUUGCUUGCAUUAUCUGCAAAAAAUCAUAUACGAAUCCCAUUGUCACCAAAUGCGGCCAUUACUUCUGUGAGGCAUGCGCCUUGAUGCGGUACCGAAAAGAUCCUUCGUGUGCUGCCUGCGGCUCAGGAACUGGAGGUGUAUUCAAUGUGGCCAAGAAGCUGAAUCGGUUACUAGAAAAGAAACGGGAAAGAGAGAGGCAGAAGAACGAGAAUGCUGAUGAGGACGACGAGGGUGCGAAGGCUGCUUGA